CUCACUGAGUAGAGGCUCCUGGGUUUGAUCCCUGGGACCCACAUGGUGAGAAGGGAGAACUGACUAACAGGUUGCCCUCACACGUGCACACCCCUGAGUCUGGUUACUGUGAAAGCUUUGACUUUUCUUUUGAGCCCAGGAAACCCCAAUACAGCCAUCCCUUUGAUCCCCGGGGUCUUUGUUCCAGUACUCCACAGACACCAACAUCAACACAUACUCAAGUACCUUGUAUGGAGUGAUGCUGUGUCUGUUUAUACCUGUACACACUCUCCCGUGCUUUUAAAGUCACCUGUAGAUCAGGUACAGUAAAUUCCAUGUAAAUCUUUGAUAACGUGUACCUGUUCAGAGCCACGCAAAGAAGGUAGACAAUGGCUGAGCAGUGAAAGCUGGAGGGGACCUAGGACUCGUGGAAAGGUGGCCCCUACUGCAGGCUGUGCCUGCACAUCAUUCUUGUAGAUUGAGCCUGGGGUGGCAAUGUAAUUGUUUGAAACUUUCUGGGAAUUUUUCCUCCCACAUAUUGUCAGUUUAGGUUGACUAAGUCUCUGGACAAAAUCCCUGUACGCGGAAAAGGCUAACUACUAGAGGAUGGAUCCUUAGGAGGCUGUCUAGAAUGUUCUGCAGUUUUGAAGAUACCUUGAUUUGGGGUUGAGGCUGGCGAGACUGUGCUGCUCAGUAUGGGACAUUCCUCUACAUUGUCUGACGUGAAUCAAGAUUGCUAUCUGAGCGAGUGAUGUAGGUUUCUUAGAAUUCUCUCCACCUUCUGAGGAGAGUUUAGAAGAGCGGGCGAGCAAGUGUGGCCUUUGAAGUCAGAUUGCAGAGGGCUUGGUUCGUCCCUGUGGAAGGGGGGGCAGGCCGCAGUCACAGUCUCUGAGCCUCAGUCCCCUUACCUAUUAGUCCCCCUUUAGAGUGUGCUAGAUGUGACAGGAAAUCGUCUGUAAUGUGCUUGACACAAAGAAGAUACUCAGUAAACUGAUACUUCAGCCUCGUUUCUUUAUGCUGCUUUUGAAUCUGUAAGGCUCUAGAAUUAAAGAGUGGAUUUUUUUUCUGCUGCUGUUUUGUGUGUUGAGACAGGAUUUUGUUCUUUUUCAGGCUGGACUUGAACAUAUGAUGCUCAUACCAUAGCCUUCUGAGUGCUGGCACUAUAGGCAUUCCCCAUACCAGGCUACCGAUUCUUUUUAGGACCUGUGAAGGGUUUCACAGAGAACACCCUGCGAGUACCACGUACCUAAAACUGCUCCCAGCUUCCCAGACCAUAGCUGUGGGGAGCUUGGGGUACAGCAUAGGAGAUUCUGUAUUAAGCUGCCCAGGCAGAGGAGAAUGGGGUCUCCACAGCCUGAAGAAUGAAGACACGACAGAAUAAAGACUCAAUGUCAAUGAGGAGUGGACGGAAGAAAGAGGCCCCUGGGCCCCGGGAAGAGCUGAGAUCAAGGGGCCGGGCCUCCCCUGGAGGGGUCAGCACGUCCAGCAGUGAUGGCAAAGCUGAGAAGUCCAGGCAGACUGCCAAGAAGGCGCGAGUAGAGGAGACCUCUACCCCAAAGGCCAGCAAGCAGGGCCGCAGUGAGGAGAUCUCAGAGAGCGAAAGCGAGGAGACCAGUGCACCCAAAAAGACCAAAACUGAGCAGGAGCUCCCUCGACCACAGUCUCCAUCGGAUCUGGACAGCUUGGAUGGGCGCAGCAUUAAUGAUGAUGGCAGCAGUGAUCCUAGGGACAUAGAUCAGGAUAACCGAAGCACAUCUCCCAGCAUCUACAGCCCUGGAAGUGUGGAGAACGACUCCGACUCGUCUUCCGGCCUGUCUCAGGGCCCGGCCCGCCCCUACCACCCACCUCCACUCUUUCCUCCUUCCCCUCCACCACCAGACAGCACUCCCCGACAGCCAGAGCCCGGCUUUGAACCCCAUCCUUCUGUGACACCUACUGGAUAUCAUGCUCCAAUGGAGCCACCCACAUCUCGAUUAUUCCAGGGCCCACCUCCUGGAGCCCCUCCCCCACACCCACAGCUCUACCCUGGGAAUGCUAGUGCAGGUGUUUUAUCUGGGCCCCCCAUGGGUCCCAAAGGGGGAGCAGCUGCCUCUUCAGUGGGUACCCCUAGUGGAGGCAAGCAGCACCCCCCACCCACCACCCCAAUUCCAAUAUCAAGCUCCGGGGCCAGUGUUCCCCCUCCAACAAAGCCACCUAAUGCUCCAGUGGGUGGUGGGAACUUACCUUCUGCUCCACCAUCAGCUACUUUCCCCCACGUGACCCCAAACCUGCCUCCUCCACCUGCCCUAAGACCCCUCAACAAUGCCUCAGCCUCUCCUCCUGGCAUGGGGGCUCAGCCAAUCCCUGGGCAUCUGCCCUCUCCCCAUGCCAUGGGUCAGGGUAUGAGUGGACUUCCUCCUGGCCCAGAGAAGGGUCCAACUCUGGCUCCCUCACCCCACCCUUUACCCCCAGCUUCUUCCUCCUCUGCCCCUGGGCCCCCAAUGCGGUAUCCAUAUUCAUCUUCCAGUAGCUCUGCAGCAGCAGCUUCUAGUUCUUCCUCCUCCUCGGCCUCCCAGUACCCAGCUUCCCAAGCUCUGCCCAGCUAUCCCCAUUCUUUCCCUCCACCUACAAGUAUGUCUGUCUCUAAUCAGCCACCCAAGUAUACCCAGCCUUCCCUGCCAUCCCAGGCUGUGUGGAGUCAGGCUCCUCCACCUCCUCCUCCCUAUGGCCGCCUCUUGGCCAACAACAACACCCAUCCAGGGCCUUACCCUCCUGCUGGGGGCCAAUCCACAGCCCACCCACCAGCCCCUACACAUCACCAUCACCAGCAGCAGCAGCAGCAGCCACAGCCACAGCAACAACACCAUCCUGGAAACUCUGGGCCCCCUCCACCUGGGGCAUAUCCUCACCCCCUAGAGAGCAGCAGCUCCCACCAUGCACACCCUUACAACAUGUCUCCCUCCCUGGGGUCUUUGAGGCCCUACCCACCGGGGCCAGCGCACCUGCCUCCACCUCAUGGCCAGGUGUCCUAUAGUCAAGCAGGUCCCAAUGGCCCCCCAGUUUCCUCUUCUUCCAACGCUUCAGGCUCUUCCUCUCAAGCCUCCUACUCCUGCUCGCACCCCUCCUCAUCCCAGGGUCCCCAAGGGGCACCCUACCCCUUCCCACCCGUUCCUCCAGUCACCACUUCCUCAGCUACACUUUCUACUGUCAUCGCUACCGUGGCUUCCUCGCCUGCAGGCUACAAGACGGCCUCACCACCUGGGCCCCCUCAGUACAGCAAGAGAGCCCCAUCCCCUGGGUCCUAUAAGACCGCCACCCCGCCUGGAUACAAACCGGGGUCACCACCCUCCUUCAGAACAGGGACCCCGCCUGGCUUUCGAGGCACCUCUCCGCCAGCAGGCCCAGGGACCUUCAAGCCAGGCUCACCCACUGUGGGGCCAGGGCCCCUGCCACCUGCGGGGCCUUCGAGUUUGUCAUCUCUGCCUCCACCACCCGCGGCCCCAGCGACAGGGCCGCCCCUGACUGCCACGCAGAUCAAACAGGAGCCAGCUGAAGAAUAUGAAGCCCCCGAGAGUCCGGUGCCCCCUGCCCGAAGCCCCUCGCCCCCUCCCAAGGUGGUGGACGUGCCCAGCCACGCCAGCCAGUCAGCCAGGUUCAAUAAGCACUUGGACCGUGGCUUCAACUCGUGCGCGCGCAGCGACCUGUACUUCGUGCCGCUGGAGGGAUCCAAGCUGGCCAAGAAGCGCGCAGACCUGGUGGAGAAAGUGCGGCGCGAGGCCGAGCAGCGCGCGCGCGAAGAAAAGGAGCGCGAGCGCGAACGGGAGCGCGAGAAGGAGCGCGAGCGCGAGAAAGAGCGCGAGCUGGAGCGCAGUGUGAAGCUGGCCCAGGAGGGCCGUGCUCCAGUGGAGUGCCCGUCUCUGGGUCCAGUGCCCCAUCGGCCUCCCUUUGAGCCUGGCAGCGCUGUGGCUACAGUGCCCCCUUACCUGGGUCCUGAUACUCCUGCCCUGCGCACUCUCAGCGAAUACGCCCGACCUCACGUCAUGUCUCCCGGCAAUCGCAACCACCCAUUCUAUGUGCCCUUGGGGGCAGUGGACCCGGGGCUUCUGGGUUACAAUGUCCCAGCCCUGUACAGCAGCGACCCAGCUGCCCGCGAAAGGGAGCGGGAAGCCCGUGAACGUGACCUCCGUGACCGGCUCAAGCCUGGCUUUGAGGUGAAGCCUAGUGAGCUGGAACCCCUACAUGGGGUCCCCGGGCCAGGCCUGGAUCCCUUCCCCCGACAUGGGGGCCUGGCUCUACAGCCUGGGCCGCCUGGCCUGCAUCCUUUCCCGUUCCAUCCGAGCCUGGGGCCUCUAGAGCGAGAACGGCUAGCGCUGGCAGCUGGGCCAGCCCUGCGUCCUGACAUGUCUUACGCUGAGCGGCUGGCAGCAGAAAGGCAGCAUGCAGAAAGGGUGGCAGCCCUGGGCAAUGACCCUCUGGCCCGGCUGCAGAUGCUCAACGUGACUCCCCAUCACCACCAGCACUCCCACAUCCACUCCCACCUUCACCUGCACCAGCAGGAUGCCAUUCAUGCAGCCUCCGCCUCGGUGCACCCUCUCAUUGACCCCCUGGCCUCAGGGUCUCACCUUACCCGGAUCCCCUACCCAGCUGGGACCCUCCCUAAUCCCCUUCUUCCUCACCCUCUGCACGAGAACGAAGUUCUUCGUCACCAGCUCUUUGCUGCCCCCUACCGGGACCUGCCAGCUUCCCUUUCUGCUCCCAUGUCAGCAGCUCAUCAGCUGCAGGCCAUGCACGCCCAGUCAGCUGAGCUGCAGCGCUUGGCGCUGGAACAGCAGCAGUGGCUGCACGCCCAUCACCCAUUGCACAGCGUGCCACUGCCCGCCCAGGAGGACUACUACAGUCACCUGAAGAAGGAGAGCGACAAGCCGCUGUAGAACCUGCGAUCCAGAGAGCGCCCACUGCUCCUUUACCCAGACCUUGGAGGACUCCUCCACCCUUUUGCCGCACCCCACCCCCCCAAAGCCGAGGAGAGGGUGCUGCCCACUGGCAGAGCUUCUGCAGCUGGGCAGAGGGAGGGAGGGAGGGAAGAAGGGACAGACAAGGUUAAGGCCCAGGGUUGUGUGCAGAGGUGGGAAGUGGCAAGGGUGGGGACAGAAAGUGCACAGUAUCUUGGACCAGGUCCCUCUUCCUUAUCCCCUGCUUUUCUUCUCCUCCACGCCCAAUCCUUGGUGCCACUGCUCCUCCCUAACCCAUUGACGUGAUUAUUUCAUCUGUUAGAUGUGGCUGUUUUGCGUAGCAUUGUGUGCUGCCCCUGCCCCAUCCCUGUGUGCACCCCCCUCGGCGAUGUGUGCCCCUUGCCCUUCCCACAUUAAUAAUUUAUAUAUAUAAAUAUCUAUAUGAUGCUCUUUAAAAAACACCCUGACCAAAACCAACCAAACAAAAACAUCCUCACACU